GGAUGUCCUAUGAGAUAUGUGUGUAGCCGGUAGACUGGUUUGUUCAUAGCACAGUCAUGAAAUAGCCUAUACGCAGCUUGAUUACUGGAAAACAAGUUAUCAUCGUCAGAGCAUCAUAACGAGCUUUUCCUCAUACAGUCUAUGGUUUUACCACGAGGGUGGAGUAGGCUCAUUUUUAUCAUUUGACGUGUUUUCUAAUCUAGUGACCUCAGAGUAGCUCCACGUUAUAGUAGUCAAAGGCAAAGAUAGCUCCGGGCUGCUGUCGGAUCGACCGUUUCAUUUGCGCAGCUGCAUAUCCCACUUUUGUUAAACUGACUGGGCUGCAGUAUUAACACAAGAUUACCGGAUCCUUUACCGCAACCUCGCAAACACUGGCGCUCUCCUAAGGCUGCUGCUGCUGCGGGUUCUGACAUCUGAGCAAAGGAGCAACGAGGGGAUCAAGAGCGGAUCAAGAGAGGAGGAAACGCAAUGAAAGAGUGAUUCUAGUGGAGACAAGGGAAGGGUCCCGGUGAGAAAAAGGCGAGUUGUAGCAGUUACAGUGGUCUUCAGAGCUGCGCACGGGUAGUGGAGGUUGGUCAUGGUCGGACGGGGACCAUGGGUAUGUAAACCGCGGUUUGGAAAGCGAUGGAGCAGGCCUGGCGUUCUGACUUAUCUGUGUGCGGCGAUAAUGAGCGCAGCCCUGUUGGCUCUGCUCUUUGUGGACUUCAUCGAAUCAUGGGUCACCUCCAUUAGCAUGAACAAGGUGGUGGAGCCGCACGUUGGCAUCAUCCCCCCACAGAGCGUCCCUCCCACCAGACCCGAGGAGUUCCUGCUCAUGCCCAGCCCGCUCGUGUGCCAGCGUGCCAAGCCUUACCUCAUCACCAUGGUUACCUCCGCACCUGCCAAUCAAAGGGCCCGCCAAGCCAUCCGGGACACCUGGGGAGGGGAGGUGGAGGUGAGGGGCCUGCGGGUCAUGACCCUCUUCGUGGUCGGUGUGGCGUCUGACCCUGGGCUGGCCAAGCUGCUGAUAGAGGAGGCCAGAGAGCGAGGAGACCUGAUUCAAGGGCGUUUUGUGGACACCUACUCCAACCUUACCCUGAAAACCCUGUCCAUGCUGGGCUGGGCUCGCAGGUUCUGCCCUCAGGCUAAUUUCAUAGCCAAAGUAGAUGAUGAUGUCCUGUUCAAUCCCAGCGCCCUCCUGCACUUCCUGAACAAGAGCCGCAACCCAUAUGAACAAGGAGACUUGUACCUUGGCAGGGUGCACCUCCAUGUGGCUCCGGACCGUGACCCGGAGAGCAAGCACUAUCUCCCUGCAGGGGCCUACCCUCCCUCUGUCUUCCCAGACUAUUGCAGUGGUACAGCUUAUGUUCUGUCCCGCUCUGCAUUGCUCAAAAUUUCCCUCGCAGCCUCUGCAUCACCUUUAUCCACACCUCUGCCCCCUGAAGAUGUGUUUGUUGGUCUGUGUGCCCGGACAGCUGGUGUGCUGCCCUCCCACUGCCCACUCUUCUCUGGUGGCCCAGCUGUGCCAUACGGGCGCUGCUGCUAUCAGGCCAUGGUGUCCAUCCACCACAUCCCACCCAAGGAGAUGCUGCACUACUGGGCUGACGUCCAUUUAUCACACCCCUGCUCCUGGCUGAGUCUACGUGCUUCUCUGGGGAUGUGCAAAGUCAGGGCGAUGGUCGGGUCAGCUCUGGGGCUGGAGCAGGGGUUGUGAGGGUUCAUAAGAAGGAAAACUGGACUCAUUGGGGCGGUGCCUCGCUUCAGUACUGUGAACAGCACAAGUGCUCUUCAGGCUGUGAAACUACACUGAGAAAAUGUCAGUUUAUUUUUAUAGCUUUAUUUUUUUAAACACCAUAAUGUAUUCAAAUGGAUUUUUUUUUUCAGAAAAGGUGAUGAUCAGCUGGUAGUACAAAGAAUUGUCACAGUAGGCUUUAACCCAUCCUUAGACUGUUAGCAUCCUCCAUUAUUACACGGUCACAUAGUGUAGAUGUAGAACAAAUAACAUUGGCAUGCUGAUAGUAUACAGUGAGGAAAUACAGCCGUUUUUGUGAUGAAUGCACAUUAGAACAAGUAUUUCUAUCAAAACACUGACAUCUAUACGCUGCUCCUUUCAUAUAUUUAACACCUGUGUAGUCUAUCACCAGGUACUUCAAUUGUAGAUUUUAGUCUAUUAAGAUGCCUAAAUGCAUGAUGUUCCAAACAAUAGUGCAAUAGAUGUCAAACUACAGGCUUCAUAUAUCCAGUAGGAAAGAACUUAUACAAAAAAUUAUUUAUUAGCUAAAACUUUUUAUAUUCAAAACAGAAAAAUAAUCACCUCAGUACUGGAUGUAUUCUAGGAAUGUCAAUAAUAACAACAAUAAUAAUUCUUACUUUAUUUAUAUAGCUCCUUUCAAAACAACUGUGCUUGACCAUAAAAACAAAUCGGAAAGGUUUAAAAACAAAAUCCAAAACAUAAUAUAUAAAACAAGAAAAUUACUACAAAUACCAUCAGUUAAGAAAACGCCAUAAAAUAAAAGUGAGUUUUAUGAAGAAAUUUAGACACUGAGUUUGUCUGCUUGAGAUCCCCAGGCAGCAAAAGGCCCGGUCACCUUCAGUGACAAGUUGAGAUUUAGGAAUCAUUAGUAGGGCCCUGCCGGAGGAUCUCAAGCAGCGAUCAGGCUCAUAGGGAGUUAAGCAGGUCACAGAUAUAGGCAGGAGUCUGACUAUUCAAGGCUUUAAAAACAAGCAGUAAAAUCCUAAAAUCAGUUCUAAAACUCACAGGUAACCAGUGAAGGGCAGCAUGGAUUGGUGUGAUGUGGUCGCUUCUCUUAGAAAGUGUUAAAAGCCUGACGAUAUGUGUACCUGCAGAUUAAUUGGGGAGACAGUGAGAUGUACUGUGAGAUAUCACUUGACAACGGAAAUGUAACCCUGAAACUGAUGCGAUACGCAGAUAUAAUCUCACUGAAUUGUAGCAUUUUUUUUUUUACUUUCUCUGUAAUAGUGAGAUGAAACAUUACGUAAGAUGUGAAUGACAGUUUUGUGCUGACGUGUCUGGGCUGGGUUUGGGCGGUCUUGCUCCACCCACGUAAACAGAGAAAGUCUGUGUUUACACUCAGGAAAUAUGCUUGAAUCAAAUACUGUCACCAAUAAACUACUCUGUAUCUUA